AUGAAGACUAAACAAUUGAAGAAGAGCAAGAUGAAGGUUACUAACAGGAGAAAAAGUGUUAAACGCAAAAGUAGAGUCAGCCAACCAGUACGAAAAAAGUGCCCCAAACGUUCAACUUGCUCCUUAUUUUUAAAGCAAAACCCUUCACCAAACUGUCGCACAUGUCGCCAUAAAAUCAAUCUGUCCAAAAAAACUAAAAAAGUGCCAAAAAAUUUUGACAACGAUGACACCACAACUGACUCAGAUUAUUCGUCGUCAUCAUCAUCAGAUUGUGAUGUUAAAGCCAGAGACUUCGAUGUGCAGAAAAAGAAAAAAAGGGAUACUGAUGGCAAAGAAAAGUUUGCUGAUAUAAAGACCAGGAUGAGAGGAAAAUCCAAGGUUUAUAGACAUAAGUUGGAUGGGGCUAGGAGUCAACAUAAGAAGCGUAAAAGUGUUCGAAAAGAAGUUUCUGAAGACAGCGAUGAAGUUUCAAAUUCUGAUGACGAAAAACUUGUACCAGUAAAAUCGACAUGCAAGUACUGUAUGCUCAAAAAAAGAAAAGUUGGAUGUAUUAUCAAAUAUAAGGCUACAAACAAAGAACCACCAACGUCCACGAGACAAAGACUUGACUUCGCGAGCAAAACUAAAAAUGCAGCUAAAAAUUAUAUUGAUGGUUUUGAUAGACGAAAAGCCAGCAAACCUCCAUUAUCAACACAACUGUCCACCGAAAGCACCACCAGUGAAUCUUCCGAAGAUGACACAAGUUCAGAAGAGGAAUCUUCAGCCACGAUGAAGACGAAACCCAAAAACUUAAGAAAGUCAACAGAAAUAAUCAAGAAUCGGCAUACAAAUAACAUACAUUGGUGGAACCGAGUAGAAAAUUGGAAUCCUUCUAUUAGUUUCAUCAAAACGUUUAUUGAAGAAGAAGAAAGUCCUGGUACAUCACCUGAACAAGAUCGACGAUCGGACGAUAGCGAUAAAUUAACGAUACAGGAGGUUGAAGAUGAUGCAGGUGUAAAAAGUGAUACCAAAAUAAUAUCAAGUAAAAUGUGUACCACUCCAAAACCAUCUGAUCAUUCAUCCAAAAGUCUACAAGUUGGGGGAAAUGAUGAUAAAGCUGUAACUGAGACCAAAUCCAAAGACCGUGAUAGUAAAAGCAAAAGUCAACAUAGUAAUACUAGCAAGAGCGAAGACCAGUAA